UGUAGAGUAGUUUAGUUUUUGUUUCCCUUUGCAGGUUAGCUAAGUACUUUUUGUUUGUCUUUGGUGCCGUCCACAGUUUGAUUCUUCCAGGGCGGUACUAGAUGUCAUAGCUUAUCGGUUUUAUUUGAAUAAAAUAGCUUUAAAUGCUCUCUUGGUCUGUUCCUCAAGCUUUUAACCAGUCAUCACCAGUUCAGUGUUUAAUGCCACAUGUUACCGAUCCCAGAGCGCCCUAGACAAAAUGUGGGGUUCUUUAAAAUGCAGAGUUAAUUAAACUAAGCAACGCAGAAGUAAAUGGGGUGAACUUUUAAGAAAUUGUAGUUAAUACUGCACUCCCUGUUUAAAUGGUCACUUAAGUAGCCUUUUAUCCCCAUCUAACUGUGUUCUGCUUGCAUUUUCUCGCUCUAGAUUUAACCAAGAGAUGUGAGAUGAAUUUUGAAUGAUGUGAGGCUGGCUGUUUAAAAUUGGUACGGAUGUGUUUGGGGUUUAGAAAGUAACAGAUGUAAAGUGAUGAGAAUUGUGAGAUUGCUUUUUCCCUGUAAGUAAUAAGUAAAGUGAUUUCCUUACAGUUUGAGAGAAGUGGUCAUUUAUAAUGUAAUGUUUUGAGUAACUAACUGUAAUGAUCUUUGGGAGGCUGGGAGAGUAAGGACACCAGGAGCAGGAGUAUGAAGACACAGAGUUCAGUUUUUAUCCGGACAACAACACAAACGCUAACCCCCCAACACUUUGAGCAGGAGAGGAAGUCAGCCACCACCAUCUGAGCCCCCAGCUUGUGAACACCUUCACACAGAGAGCUGUUUUAAUGCGGUUAGAAGCCUAUUGGCACUGCUCCAUCCACUGGACCAGAUCUGGUGCUCUCUUUUUAGUGAGAUAAGUCAGCAGGCUGGUGACAUCCAAAUAAUUAGGUAUAAACCCAUGAUAAUAGCCAGUCAGCCCUGGGAACCGUCUCACCUCCUUUUUGGUCUUGGGUAUCGUCUUAUUAAUUUGGGGACGCAUAUCCAUGACCUAAGAAUCCACCAAGGUGUGAUAUAAACCCCCUUGAAUUCUCACAGGUAUGUGGUACGUUCCAGUUCAAUCAGGGGAGGUGGGUGGUAUUGUGGGAAUGAGGACCAGUGUCUCAACCUCCGUGUGGUGACACUGGUCCUGGAAAUUCCCAGGCUCCCCACAGCACCAGCACACCUGCCCAGGCUACACCCCAGCCACAUACUGGUUCUUGCCUUGUAUGAACUGUUCUAGGAAGAACCUUUAAUGAACAUAGAACCUUUAUAUAACUUCAUUCUGGAUAUUAAUUUUAUUAGAACUACAUUCUAGAUAUACAUUUUUUAAUUUUAUUAGGACUUAAUUCCGGAUAUUAUUUUUUAUAGUUUAUUAGAUGCACUGUGAUUCAGGACAUUUGCAUGUUCAGUUGAUUUUUUCCAAACUGUGAACCUUGUUCUGGUCUGAAUAUAAACCAGGUCACUGCGGGUCAAUGAGUACCUACUUUUACUGUUUCACUACAGCUGAUCUCCAUCACUGCUCUGGUCCAGUGUCCAGAACUCUCCCACUGAUCUGUUAUCUCACUUUGUUCCAAAGGAGGAUCCGGUGAAGCAGUAGGAGAACCGAGAGGAGAUGAAGGGAGCAGAUGGACAGGUGGAGGAGCGAGGGCACUGGGCCAGUAAAACGGAGUUUCUUCUGGCAGUGGCGGGGAACGUGGUGGGUCUGGGAAACGUGUGGAGGUUCCCCUACCUCUGCUACAAGAACGGAGGAGGGACGUUCCUAGUGCCGUAUUUGGUGUUUGCGGUGACCUGUGGGGUGCCCCUGUUCCUCCUGGAGACGUCUAUGGGGCAGUACACCCAGCAGGGGAGCAUCACAUGCUGGCAGUGUCUCUGCCCUCUGGCUGAGGGUAUUGGCUAUGCAAGUCAGCUGAUUUUGGUGUACAGUUGCAUGUGUUACAUCAUUCUUCUGGCCUGGGCACUGUUGUACCUGGUGUUCUCCUUCAGCUCCCAGCUGCCCUGGUCCACCUGCGACAACACCUGGAACACAGAUCGUUGCAUCUUUGCUGCCAAAAACCUCACACUCAACUGGACAGGACAAACUAAUUCAACAUCAGCGGCCACUGAGUUCUGGGAGCGCAGAGUGCUGGCCAUCUCUGGUGGAAUUGAAGAGCUGGGUAAGGUCAACUGGGAGAUCCUCCUCUGUCUGAUUGCAAUGUGGGUCAUCUGCUACUUCUGCAUCUGGAAGGGCGUUAAGUCCACUGGCAAGGUGGUGUACUUCACAGCUACCUUCCCCUACGUCAUGCUGCUGGUGCUGCUGAUUCGGGGGCUGACUCUGCCGGGUGCCCUGCAGGGCGUCCUCUUCUACGUCUAUCCUGACCCCCAGCGCCUGGCUGACCCUCAGGUGUGGAUGGAGGCAGGUACUCAGGUGUUCUUCUCAUACAGUGUAGCUGCAGGGUCACUCACUGCGCUGGGGAGCUACAACAAAUACAACAACAACUGCUACAAGGACUCGAUCUGGCUGUGUGUGUUGAACAGCUGUACGAGUGUCGUGGCUGGAUUCGCUGUGUUCUCAGUUCUUGGUUUCAUGGCUGAGCAGCAAGGAGCUACAGUGGAGGACGUAGCAGAGUCAGGACCUGGUCUGGCGUUUAUAGCGUAUCCUCAGGCGGUGGCGAUGAUGCCGUUACCUCAGCUGUGGUCUGUGUGUUUCUUCAUCAUGAUCAUCCUGCUGGGCCUCGAUACACAGUUUGUUAUCAUGGAGGUGAUCAUCACGUCGGUGACUGACCUGUUUCCGGCGACGCUCCGCAGAGCCGGACGGAGAGAACUCCUCCUCCUCCUCUUCUGCCUCUUCUGCUUCUUCAGCCAAAUGGUCAUGGUCACUGAGGGGGGGAUGUACGUGUUUCAGCUGUUUGAUUAUUACGCCUGUAAUGGGAGCAGCAUUCUGUUUCUGGCUGUGUUUGAGUCUCUGGCUAUGGGCUGGAUCUACGGAGCAGAACAAAUGUGUGACAUCAUUGAAGACAUGACUGGGUCACCCCCCAGUUUCAUCUUUAAACUGUGCUGGAAAUAUCUCACCCCCCUCGUUUCCAUGGUGUCGUUUAUCUGUUCUCUGGUGGAGUACCAGCCCCUGACCUUUAACCGCUGGUAUGUUUACCCCAACUGGGCGUACGGGCUCGGCUGGGCGAUGGCGCUCUCCUCCAUCCUGCUGGUGCCCGGCUGGGCACUGGUUCAGCUGUGGGCAGGGAGACGGAACCUGAAACAGGUGAGUCUCAACACAGGUACACCCUGUUUAACACAGUGUUAGACAGAAGAGCUAAACUGAUCAGACUAAGACCCAAUUCCAUUUCACCCUUG